GCUCGGCCGCGCUGCAGCCUCCGGUCCCGGCGGCCAGCGCCAGAGCGUCCCCGCUCCCCGAGGGGCACGGCAGCGGCGAUGCCCAGGCGGAGCAUCGCCGAGGUGAAGGUGCUGGACGUGCAGAAGCGGCGCACCCCCAACAAGCACUAUGUCUACAUCAUCAAGGUCACCUGGUCCAAUGGAGCCACAGAGGUCAUUUACCGACGGUACAGCAAGUUCUUCGACCUGCAGAUGCAGAUGCUGGACAAGUUCCCGAUGGAAGGAGGCCAGAAGGACCCCAAGCAAAGGAUCAUCCCCUUUCUGCCAGGGAAGAUCCUCUUCCGCCGGAGCCACAUCCGCGACGUCGCGGUCAAGCGCCUGAUCCCCAUUGAUGAGUACUGCAAGGCUCUGAUCCAGCUGCCUCCCUACAUCUCCCAGUGCGAGGAGGUGCUGCAGUUCUUCGAGACACGACCUGAUGACUUGACCCCCCCCAAAGAGGAGCCCAUUGGAAAGAAGAGGUCUGGAGCUGACUGUGCCUCGGCUGAGCCCCUGGUGCUGGAGCAGUAUGUCGUGGUGGCCGACUACCAGAAGCAGGAGAGCUCGGAGAUCAGCCUGUGCGUGGGCCAGGUGGUGGAUAUCAUUGAGAAGAACGAAUCAGGCUGGUGGUUCGUGAGCACGUUGGAGGAGCAGGGCUGGGUGCCAGCGACCUGCCUGGAGGCCCAGGAUGGAGUCCAGGAUGAGUUCUCCAUGCAGCCUGAAGAAGUGCCAUGGAGAUACUGGUCUCUGCCCAGGCACCUUGGCCGCCGCCGGACUCUUGGGGACUUGUACACCGGUGGAUGGGGUCAAGAGGAGAAGUACACAGUUAUUUACCCCUACACUGCAAGAGACCAGGAUGAAAUGAACCUGGACAAAGGGGCUGUGGUGGUGGUGAUCCAGAAGAACCUGGAGGGCUGGUGGAAAAUCAGGUACCAGGGCCAGGAGGGCUGGGCCCCUGCCUCCUACCUCAGGAAGGGAAAUGGAGAUGUGUUCCCCCCGAAGCUGGGCCCGGGCUCCUCGGCUCACUCGAGCGCCCUGGAUCUGGAUGGCAUCUCCCGGCAGCAGGUGCUGGCCAGCAGGGACAAGGACGGGCUGGGGGGCCAGAGGGACGGGAGGCUCGAGAGCCGGCCCCUGGCCAGCGCCGACAUCCGCCGCAAGUCACCAAAGAUGAGGCAGAGGCCACCUCCUCGCCGAGACCUCACCAUACCCCGUGGUUUGAACCUGCCUAAGCCUCCUGUCCCCCCUCAAGUGGAAGAGGAAUAUUACACCAUCGCUGACUUCCAGACCACCAUCCCUGAUGGCAUCAGCUUCCAGGCAGGAAUGAAAGUAGAGGUUAUUGAGAAGAACCUGAGCGGCUGGUGGUACAUCCAGAUCGAGGAGAAGGAAGGCUGGGCCCCUGCCACCUUCAUUGAUAAAUACAAGAAAACCAGCAACGCCUCCAGGCCCAAUUUCCUGGCUCCCCUGCCCAACGAGAUGGCGCAGCUGCGGCUCGGGGACACCGAGGGCAGCGAGGAGGUGACAGGGCCCUGCCGACCCCUGCCAGAGGCUCCUCCCAACGGCAUGGACUGCACUGGGAGGUGGGGCAAGGACUGGAAGGGGAAGGAGGCUCCUGACAGCGGGGACCUGUCCUUGGCCGGGGGCUACGAGGAGAUCUCGGACCGCGACACGGAGGAGAAGCCCAGCCUUCCACCCAGGAAGGAGUCCAUCAUUAAAUCAGAAGGAGAGUUACUGGAGAGGCAGAGACCUCCCCCCAAGCCCCCAGGCAUGAUUUUGCCCAUGAUCCCACCCAAGCAGUCGGCAGCCCCGAAGGACAGCAAGAAGCCGGAGCUCAAAGCGGAGAAGGGCAAACACUUCCAGCUGAAAAACGAAAUGGGACUGGAAUGUGGACACAAGGUGUCGGCCAAGGAGGUGAAGAAGCCAAACCUCCGGCCCAUUGUCAAGCCAGCCAAGCCAAAAGCUGAGCCUUUGGAGGACAAACCUGAGCCCGUCACCCAGAACCCGUUCUUGAAGUCGAGACCUCAGAUCAGGCCAAAACCCGCUGCGUGUCCCCGGACUGACCCACCCCCAGCCGAUGACAGGCUGGACAUUUGCAGCCUGCGCAGCAAGCUGAGACCUGCCAAGUGCCCAGAGAAACCCUUGGAGCAGGACCCCGCUGCCGGGGACAGCUCCUUCAGCAACGCCACGGUCUCCUCCGAGCCCUGCGGCAGGUUCCCGGAGCGGCUGGGCGCCGACAGCAGAGCCCUGCCCAGGGUGGACGGUGCCCCCAGAGAGGCACUGCCCAAAUCUCCCCUGGGCCCAGCAAACCCUCCCUGUGCCAGGGACGCCCCUCCGCAGCGCCCGGUGGUGCCACCUCGCAGGCCACCCCCUCCCAAGAAGACGGGGGCUCCUGCUGAGCCCCGCGCCCCGGCACGGGAAGCUCCCGAGAUCAGGCCCUCUGCAGUGCCAGGGAGGCCCAUGCUGGUCCCUCCCAAAGCCAAGCCCUUCCUCUCCGCCUCCCUGCAGGACGAAGCCAAAGCCAGAAGCAGCAUAAACCCAAAGGUGAUCUCCAAGCCCGUGGAGAGGGGCGAGGCCAAGGAGAGGAGCUCAGCCCCCGGCUCCAGCCCGGACGUCUCCAGGGAAGCUCUCUACGUGGCAGUGGCGGAUUUUGAAGGUGACGAGGAGACCAACAGCUUCAGAGAGGGGACUUUGUUUGAAGUUCGUGAGAAGAACAGCAGUGGCUGGUGGUUCUGCAAGGUCCUGACUGGGGGGCCGUGCUGGGAGGGCUGGAUCCCUUCCAAUUACCUGCGGAAGAAGCCGUAGCCGCUCCUCGGCCUGCGCGGCCGGAGGCUCCCUGGUCUCUCACCUGAGUAUUUAAUGAGCAGAUUAAUUUAUAGUUUUCUGUAAGGCUGGCUUUAAAAGAAAAGCUAAUAAUUGAGAUGCCAUGCCUCCCAGCUGGAACCCCUUGACAGCAGCUGGAGGGAGCAGCUCGGCCUCCUCUCCCCACCCUCCUCCUCCUCACAUUUCCCUUGGCUCCCGUGGCUCUCUGUGCUGGGGAGAUGGACCUUGAGUGAUAUUCUGCCACCUGUGCGGUGAAUUGGAGAGAAAUCCAGCAGCAGCCAGGUGGAAUGGUACCAAUGAAGGAAAUCACAGAAGGAUUUGCCUUUCCCUGAAGCUCAGGGUCAAGAGUUGCAGGUGCUCAGUCCAGGGGUGGAGCAGAGCCACAGGGAACGAGGUAAAAAGGAGGAAUGAUUGCUGAGAACAGGUUCCUGUGGCUCUGUCUCUGGAUAAGGGCUGUGCCGUGCUCCCCCUGCACAGGGAUCAUCCCUUGGUCCUUCCCUGCUCUACAAUGACAAGUGUUAACUUCAACAUCCUCCUGGUGGAAGAAAAAUAAGGACAAAUACACCCUCAUUUAACAGCUCCUGUCUGUGCUGGUCCAGGACAGCUCUCGAGCUUCUCCCCUGCAAUACUGCAACCAAACAUCAGAGGGGUUUUGCUUCCAGAGCUGAGGAAUUCUAUGCAAGGCACAGAGGACCAGAACAGCCCCAAAACCCCUGGAAAAGGGAUGCUUUGCUCUCCUCCCCACACAGACUGCCCUGCCCUGUUGGACUAGGAGGGGACCACCCCUUCCCACGACCCACUGAGCUCCCCGGGCUGGCAGCCGGGAGCGGGGUCCUUCCCUUGGUGCUGAUAUUAUCAAGUGCAAUCCAGAAUGUGGGAGCUCAGCUCCUCAUCACCACCAGUUCUGAGGUGUGUCUGGUGCUCAGGGGCUGCCUGCCUUGUUUGUCACCCCACCUGCCUGUCCUCCAGGUUCUUGCACUUCACCCUGUGGGCCAGGUUGGCUUGGAGGGGUUUCUGGGCAAGCAGAGCCUGGGGUUUUUCCAUGCUGACAUUCCUGCCUUGCCCUCAGUGCUGCUUUUCCCAGCAGGAGGAUGAGCAUGGAUGUGCUGUUAUUUCCCAGUGCUCCUUUCUUCUUUUCUGUCCUUGGCUAUUUGCAGCUUCAGGGCCACAUUUCUCUCCAGAAGAGCUCCAAACCCACACGUCUGUGGGU